AUGUAUGUCCAUCAAUUUCAUUUUGGAGAGAUAAACAAGACGUUUUGCAACAAGUGUGGUGGACAGGUUAUGCCCAUUGACACGUCAGGACUUAAGUGGCAAGUCUUCAUAUAUUUGCUGUGUUCAUGGGAUGGGAAGAGUGGCCUCCUGGACGAUAAGAGCCAGCAACAUAUGCAACAUGGUGGGGAUACCUUGCUAAGUGCUCCUAUCUGCCUGUCUGCUUGCAGAUUCCAUCCAAUGAACCCAAAUCUGUUGUUUGUCGGCAAUGGUGGAGCGAUCAGUGUAAUGAACCUGAGCACAGGAUCACAGGCUUUCAGCCAUACAAUUGCACAUGGAGGCAGUCAUCCUGAGGUCACAGCCCUGGCCUGCAGCAACACGAGCAUGUUUGCUGGGGAUGAGAACGGAGACCUUCACGUGUUCCGCUGCGAGGUGCAUGUUGCUGGGUCGUCUCAGCACCUCCCUGCAAUAUUUGCAUGGCCACACCCAGGUGGAAAGGGCAGCGCCAUUGUGUCCAUCCAGUGGCAGGGCUACAUCACAGCGGUGAAGGGUCCAGCGCUGCUCGUCAUGUAUCUGGACAGCACAGUUGCGGUGUACAAAGUCUACGAUGGGGUCUCCUGCAGGCUAGAGCUCUUCACCAAAGCAGAACUGCCCCCAGCAGCACGGCGCAUCUGUGCCGUGUGGUGCCCUUCCAUCUCCAUUCACGAGCCCCAGUGCAUUGCGGCGGGGGGCGAGGACACAAACGUGCACGUGUACGACAUCCACAGGGUGCGGAGCACCGCUGUGGUGGUCAAUCAACUACAGGCGCACGCUGCUCCUGUGGUGGACGUGUCUUGGAGCUACGAUGAGAGCUGCCUGGCGUCUGGAGACUGCGAUGGGACGGUGAUCGUGUGGAAGCGGGAUCACUCUGCAAUGUCGUCCAGGCGGACGUCUGCUGACUGA